GGCCAUACGCAACUCCACUUAGGUGACGCUCCAUGGCCACCUUUCCUCUCUCUGCCGUAGUAAAAAGGUGUUUAGCCACUUUACCUAUAAAUUGGAGCUCAAUGGCGUGUGCCCAACGCGCUUCCCCAUCCCUCCCUCGUCUCCGUCGAACACUUCGGAACUCCGACGAUGUCGUCCCGUCUUAGCUCUCAAGUUCAUGCAAACGCCUCGCCGGAAGUUUCCAAUGACCCAUGCGUGCGGAUCAGCAUCCCGUUGCAACCCCAGGAGCCGGAACCGACGCGAGGCGCCGAUGGAUCCGUGGACUACAUGGCCCGGACGCAGUGGCUCCGCGCCGCCGUGCUCGGCUCCAACGACGGCCUCGUGUCGAUCGCUUCCUUGAUGAUCGGAGUGGGCGCGGUGAACCAGAGCGCCAAGGCCAUGCUCGUGUCCGGCCUCGCCGGCCUCGUCGCGGGCGCGUGCAGCAUGGCCAUCGGCGAGUUCGUCUCGGUGCACGCGCAGUACGACAUCGAGGUGGCCGAGAUGGAGAGACGACGCCGGGGGAGCGGGAGCGGGAGCGAGGAGGGGGUCCGGGGGGAGGAGAGCCUGCCGAGUCCGAUGCUGGCGGCGGGGGCCUCGGCGCUGGCGUUCGCGCUGGGGGCUGUGCUGCCGCUGUUGGCGGGCGGAUUCAUCAGAUCAUGGAGCGUCAGAGUGGGGGCGGUCUGUGCCGUGAGCAGCCUGGGCUUGGCUGGGUUUGGUGCAGCAGGAGCAGUCUUGGGUGGUGCUGAUAUCUGGAAGCCUGCUCUUAGGGUUUUGGGGGGAGGAUGGCUGGCCAUGUUGGUCACUUACUGUGUGCUUAGAAUCUUUGGGCUUCUCUUCAACAUGCAGGUCUCCUCAGCUUAGAGUGGCAAGGAAAACAAGGAAUGAAUAAUGUCUUUUGGAGAGUGAAAGCUAUCCAUGAAAUAUGAUCUAUAGAUCUCUCUUCUCUUCAUCUUCUUCUUCCCGAUUAGUAAUGUUUUG